AAUCCUGCUGCGGAGUUCCAGUGGCAGCAUGAAAGAGAAACUCGAGAACAGUUUUCAAGCCUGGUCACACUUGCACAAUAGCACACUGACUCCUCAAACUGAAUGUGUGAGGGAGAUGAGUGUUGAGAAAGAGAGAGAGAGAGAGAGAGAGGGCGGUGAGUGUGUUUGUGAGAGAGAGAGAGAGAGAGAUAUGAGUUCCACUCCACCCACAUCCAUCCGUGUCCAAUGUGCGGGGGAGGUGAAACAGUUGAGAGCUUACUGUGUUAUUAACUGCCAUUAUUUAGUUGCCUCGGUCUGGAGAAGAGACGAGUCAAGACCGCUCCCCACCAGAAUUCCACCCAGUUGGUGCAACAAUGACUUCCCAUGUGAAACUCCGUAAGGAGAAGGUCGGUACGAUGGACUACGACACUCAAAUCAAAGAGGUGCGUUGCCAGCUUGUCGACCAGCUGAAGGUCUUGGACUUGCAACUUGAGCAGAAGAGUCAGCAGCUGCAGGACUUGACGGACUACCUCCGUCGGCGGGGUGAGCUUGAAAGCGAGUAUGCACGCUCCCUUGAAAAACUUGCUGAAAGGUUCACUUCCAGGAUCAAGAGGAAGGAGCCCAGCAGUCACUCGGUGGCCCAGGUCUGGCUGGCUCUGCUGUCCCAGACCCGCCAAGAAAGUCGGGACCACAGUAGUCUGAGUGAGAGCUGCAGCAACGUCCUCAUCCAGCCCCUCACACACUGCCUGGACUACACACAGCGCCUCGCAAAGAAGAGUAAAGACCUCUGUACUCAGCUCCAAGAUGGACUACUCAAGGUUACAACAGAGCUUCAGACUGCAUGGAGGACAUACUUCCAGUACCACUCUGACUAUGUGUGUGCAGAGGGGAAGCUGAAGGAGGCAGAGAAACAGGAGGAAAAGCAGAAGCAGAGUGCUGCUAAGAAGCUGGAGAGGUUGAUAGAAAAAAGACAAGGUAAAGUCAAAGAGAUCUACUUGAAAUGCAGCAAGGCUCGAAACGAUUACCUCCUGAACUUGGCUGCCGCCAAUGCCUCCAUGAAUAAAUACUACUUCAAAGACAUCUCUUCUCUCAUAGAUUGUGCAGAUGUCGGGUACCACCUCUCUUUAGGUCGGGUGAUGCAAGCUUACCUGUCCAGUCGCUGGCGGACCCAGGACAACCUGAGCACGGGGCUGCAGCAGCUCCAAGGCACCGUGUCCGGGCUGGACCAGAGCCAUGACAGAGACGCCCUCCUGCAGGACCAUUACAACACCUUCUGCAUGCCCCUUCGCUUCCCCUAUCAGCCUCAUGAUGGAGACCAGGUUUCCGAAGUGAGUGCAGAGGGUGAGAUGAGAUGCGAGCUGGAGACCAGAUUCAAACAGAUACAAAUCAGACUGAAAGCUGUGACACAUGAAACGGAGGAGAAUAGUAAGAGCAUGUGGGCGGCCCAGUCUUCCCUGCUGGAGAGUAUUGGAGAUGAUGAUCUGGAGCUGGGCAGCGGGUCGUCUAACCAGGGCAGCACCGAGAACCUGGCGGUGAAGCCCAGUGUGGCCCGCCGCAGGGCCAACGGGCAGGAAUUGGAAAACCUCUACUUCACUAAAGUAAAAGAGCACCUCGUCGGGGGCUCCCUGGUCUCUAAACUGCAAGCGAAACAUGACCAUCUGAAAGUGGCUGUAGAAAAAGCAGAAGCAUCAAAUGGACAUCAGCCUGGAUGGAAUGGAAAGUUAAUGCGCGUCAGGAAGAAUCACUCGAGUACCAAUUUGAUGCACAACCACAAACUUUUCAGUGGAGACAUGCUGUCCUUCAUACAGGCAUCAGGACAACAGAUUCCAAUCGUUGUGGAAAGUUGCAUUUGCUUCAUCAACCUUAACGGUCUCCAACAUGAAGGGAUAUUUCGAGUGCCCGGGUCUCAGACGGAGGUCAACAACCUGAGGGAUGCAUUUGAGCGAGGAGAGGACCCCCUGGCUGAGCGGAGAUAUGACCUGGACUCUAUUGCUGGAGUGUUGAAGCUCUACUUCAGAAGUCUAGAGAACCCCCUCUUCCCCAUCGACAGCACCGGCCAACUCCUGGAGCAUAUCCAGAUAAAGAACGAGGCCGAGAGAGCAGCUCAGCUCAAAAUGCUCAUCUGUUCCUACCCUGAGCCCGUCAUCGUCGUCAUGAGAUACCUCUUUGCAUUCCUUCACCAUGUGUCUCAAUACAGUGACGAGAACAUGAUGCAGCCUUACAACCUGGCCGUGUGUUUUGGCCCCAGCCUGUUGAGAGGGGCUCACGAUGAUGACGUCGUCACCCUGCAGGCUCAGAUCAACGUCCUGGUGAAGCGCAUCAUCCUCCAGCACGAAAGCAUCUUCCCCAGCCAGAGCGAGGUACAAGGGCCGGUGUAUGAGAAAUGCAUGACACUGGAACAGGAUGACUGUGAGACGAUCAUUGAAGAAGGAGAUGUAGAAGCGGAGUACAAAGAUGAGAUGGAAGCGGGGUCCUCGGCUGACAACAGCACCAGCUCAUCUGCAGCAUCAACACGGAGAAAAGCAGAACGUCCUCGAGCCAACAGCAGCGGCUCAAAUGACCAAAGCCGUUUGAGAGCUGGACCUGUUGGGGGCGGCAUCGCUUCGGGAGGAAAGCUAAUGCUCCAGAUACCCAUUGGACCACAGGGCAAGCCACGGCGAGGCCACUCUCCUGGCUAUGUGUGCAGAGAAUUUCAGGAACACUCAUCUUCUGAGGAUAUUGUGGUUAAAGUAGACGAGGAGGUCUGUCGCCAGAUGGACUCUGUCUUCACAGAGCUUCUCUCACGACAGGCACUGCAGGAUCCCUCCUCCACCGCCUCCUCGCCCUCUGCCCAAGCUCCCCAGAGGAAAGGCAAGCGGGAUGGACGCAGGGAAAGAGGACCAGGCCUCUUCAGAGCAGACCCACUGGAAUGAGAGGACUGGCAUCAGUAGAUUAACUGAAAAGAGGGAUUCGGAUUAAAUGGAGGUGGUCUGACGGUAGCUUUCAGCACAACUAUCUCUAGAAAACUAAAACUUUAUGGCCUUCUUUCCACAGUGUGGCACUGCAGAACUCUGCUGUGACUGCAGUACAAUAUGGAAGGUGUGGCUGACAAUGAAAUGCACAGACGUGUUUGUGUACAGCCGUGUGUGGUGAGGCAGCGUCUGGCUUUACGUCUGAUCUGUGUUAUUUCACCGUUACUUUAACUCAAAUGUGUUUGCCAACAUGAGAUGGACUUGCAUAGUUGAUCAAACUGAAUACUGUAUCUGUAAGGAACUUUGUGUAUAUAUUAUUUGUGAAACACUUAAUGAGUUGACUGUAUAUCUAGGAUACUUGCCAAAUACAUAUUUAGUCUAUUCUGGUAUUUUUUUUAUUUGUAUUAAAAAUGUUGGUCACAAAUAUCACCACUGGAAAAUAUGAGAACUUUCAUUAAAUGUAUUUAACUUUUAGACUUGAUUAUUAUGAGUGUUUAAAAGUUCAAAUGUGGUGGUUUACAGUUUCAAAUAUUUUUUUAUCAUGAGUGCUAUUUUUUUUUUAAUGAAAUGAGUUGAGGGCAUUUCAGCAUCGGCUGUAUUAUAUUAACGGAUUAAUGAAACGAGUCAAGCCACAGAUCAAAAAAAGUAAAUACAUUGAAUACAGACA